AACAGUGCUGGACCUCCCGGGAGAAGUUCCUUAGCGAUCCUUGUGUCCUUCCCUGGCUGCCCUGUCACUGUGCAGAGAUCCCGGCCUCUGAGCACAUGGACCUAGGAAUUGUUGCAGAGAACGAGAAUGUGCAGCUGGAGCACAGGAACCAGGAGAUGCAGCAGCUUGGAGACCCACAGGAGGAGAUGGGGAAGCUGCUGGGCUCCCAGACAGACCUCCCAGCCAGGGUGGUCCUCAGUGAAGAGGAAAAACUGAAGAUGUCCAAAGACCUUGUGGAUCUCCAGAUCGAGACAAACAAAAUGAAGGAGCACUAUGAGACGGAGAACUUCAAACUGAAAAAUAUGAUGCAGGCCCUGGAGAGCCGAGUGCAGGAGCUGGAGCUGGGCAGUGCCAGGGUCACGGGGGAGCGGGAUUCCCUGCGGGAGCGCCUGCGUGCCCUGGAGAGCGGCCGGCAGGAGCUGGCAGAGGAGUUCAUCAUCCUGAAGAGCAACUACCUGGCCCUGGGCAGAGAGCUGGACCAGGAGGUGAUGAGGAAUGAGGAGCUGACCCAGGAGCUGCUCAGCCUGGCCAAAGAGAGCAUCCACCCCCCUGGCUUGGCCCAUCAAUCCUCCCCGGAGCUGGGAAGAGGGAGAGCAGAGGGACAUCCCCACUCUGCUCAGAGGGGGAAGCCCGAGGCUGCAGCUGCCUCUGAACACGAGCAGCAGGAGCUGGAAGGAAACUUGCUUGGAAACCAGGAUCACAUAAAAGUGGAGCUGGAAAAACUAAAGAAAACACACGAUGAGCAGCAGCAGAAGCUGGAGGAGCGAGUGCUGGCGCUGGGGAAGGAGCUGCAAGAGGCGAAGGGCGCGGCCGGGCACAGGCUGGCCGAGCAAUCAGCGGUGCUGCUCACAUCCCAGGGCCAGCUCCAGGAGGUGGAGGCGGAGAACUCGCGGCUGCAGCUGCGGCUGAAGGAGCUGAACGAGGAAUAUCGCUCCCGGCUGGCGCGGUACCUCAGGGACCUGGCGAACUACAUGGACAGCAAACCAGGCCACAGCAAAGCCCCAGCUGGCCGAGCUGCCAUGAAGAACUUUGUGGACAGCAUGCUCAGGGAUAUCCGGGCUUCCUACAAGUCCCGGGAGGAGCAGCUGGCCCGGGCAGCUCGUGGGUACAGGAAACGCAUGAAGGACUUGGCCAAGAAACACGAGAACCUUCUGAUUGCCUAUGGGUGGCAGCGGGAGCAGAUCCGGGCCCUGGGGAGCAGUGCCAUGGACUGCGGCCCUGCCGAGCUCCACUUCUCCAUCACAGACCCCGAGCUGCUGACAAAGAGCUCCCGGGAGCUGAACCGGCUGCGCCAGGAAAAGGCAAAGCUGGAGGGGCAGCUCCAGGAACUGCAGAAGAAAACCCUGAAAGGAACCUCUGCCUUUCCAGUGCCUCCCAAGCAGCAGCUGGAGGAGGAGGGCUGGGCAGAGGUCACAAAGAAGCUCCAAGAAUUCACACUCAACACCCAGGAGCAUCUGGAGCAGGAGAGAAGCCAGCUGCUGGCUCGGGCUGCGGUGGCAGAGGAGCAGGUGUCGGAGCUGCAGGGGUACAUUGAUCAGCACCUUGCCAGGUACAAGCAAGAGAUCCUGCAGCUGAGGAACGCCAAGGGCAGCGAGGAGCCCCCAGCACCCACUGCCAGGUGUGCCAGCCACGAGCCAUAGAGCCCUCAGAACAGCCACACUCCAGGGGAGGGCUGUGUUUUACAGCCUGCCAGGCAAGGAUGCUUCCCAGGCUGAGAGCUGGGAACAGCCAGAGAAACCACGUGGAUGUUCCUGGGUCUUGAAUUCACAGGACUGAAAUGAGACAACUGCGUCUCGUCCCUCCCCCCAUCCCCCUGCUCUUCCCUGAGCACACCCCGGACACGGGGUCAGGUUCCAGGCAGCUCUUUACUGCUGGGCUGUGGGGACAGGCUCCUGCUUCUGCUGUAACAUUUUCCUGGAUGAGACCUGGACCUGGACCAAGGGCUGCUCCUGCCUCAGUCCCCUCACAGCUCUGUGAGACAGAGCCAAGGCUGGCUCAGGCCAGGAUUUCUGCUGGGGCUGGACAAAGGGAUGAGCUGCUCUUCCACUGUGAGAGUGGAGAAAGGUUGCUCAGAGCAGCUCUGGCUGCCCCUGGAUCCCUGGAAGUGUCCAAGGCCAGGCUGGAUGGGGCUUGGAGUUCCCUGGGAUGGUGGAAGGCAUCCCUGGCCAUGGCAGGGGUGGAACAAGAGGAACUUCAAGGUCCCAUCCAGCCCAACCCAUUCCAUGAUUCAGUGGCUCUGUGGUGGGAAAACCCCAUUUCCCUCUGUGUUUGAGUGGAAAAUGGAAUAUCAUACUGAAGAGCAGGGCCAAACUGAUCCUUCACGGAGGUGAGCUGGAAAGGAUGGCAGAGCAAAGCCCAAGUCCAGGAGCAGCAGCCACUCCAACUACAGCACCAUCCAGGAGCUCAAAGACAAUGCAAAAACCUCAGAGGAACAACCAACUCAAACUUUAUUUUUAAAAAUUAAAUAGAAAUAAAGUAGCAAUCAUCCCAAAAGAG